AUGGCUAUGGCUGUUACAAACAGGCUUUCCGCAAUUGCUGCCGAAAUGGGGCAACUGAAAAAUGAAAUUGAAGAGCGUCGUAGAGCGCUAAACCUCUUUUUAAGAAAUGUUAGAGCAAGAGAUCCUGCAGAGGCAGAAGAGCGCAUUGGCGCUGCCAGAGAGGGUAUAAGGGAAAGGCAGAGGAGGCUGCAAGUGCUGCAGGAGGAGCAGCAAGCACUCAUUGUGCGGGCUGUCACCCUCGGUGACCGGGAAAACCACUAG